UCGCCUCGAUGCGCACGCGUCGACCAAGAUGGCGGCUCUGUCGUCUCUGUCAAGAUCCUCGUCCGCGUUUUCGCGACUUUUCCGCAAUGUCGCGCGAGUUUUCUCCCCGGAUUUUCGGGCUAAUCGGUCCCCCAGAUUGUGGCGAGGUGCAAGACUCCUCGCGGUGGCGUCCAUCUCCUUCCUCGUCGCCCGGAAGUACCUCGGAGUAAACACCGUACAUGCCUACAGAGCGCGCAAGAGAGAUGACGAGCUCCAGAAGGCCGUGAGGUUGACCACGAGGGAGCGGAGAUUCAUCAAGUUCGCCUCCGUCGAGUACGAUGGACAAGUCUACAUGACCCCCCAGGACUUCCUCGACAGCGUCAUCGAGUCCGACCCCCGACCGAGGCUGAAGAGGCGUGUCCUGACGAGCAACGACCUGGAAGCCAUGAAGAAGUCGACCCCUUCGCUUCGCCACGGCAGCCCUCACAUGUUUCGAAAUUUGCGUGAUAGAGGGAUCAUAUCCUACACGGAGUACCUGUUCCUGCUGUCGAUCUUGACGAAACCGCAGACGGGCUUCCGCAUCGCCUUCAACAUGUUCGACACGGAUGGCAACGAGAGAGUCGACAAAACGGAGUUCCUCGUGAUCCGGAGGCUGUUGGGCGGCAUCAUGAAGGAUCGAGAUCUCGACGAGCCUACGAGACGCACCUUACGUACUUUGCUCUCACCAAGUGACGAGGGUUUGGCGAGCAGGGCGAAGCUUCGGGUAGCAGAGGCACCGGAGAAGGACGAAAUCGUCUCGAAUUCUUACAUGGAGAAAAUCUUUAGUCAUGCUUGGAGAGAUCGCCAUGGCGGUGAUUGCAAGGAUGACCUAACUACGUAUCAUAAAUCGCCAGAAGACUUUCAAGCUCAUUUCAAGGAUGACCAGGGUUUGCAACGUCGGCACUCCGUGGAUACCACACUUAUGUUGCACUUCUUUGGUCAAGAUGGUUCGAACGAGCUCAAGUACGAGGGAUUUAAACUGUUCAUGCAGAAUUUGCAAUACGAGGUGCUGGAGUUGGAAUUUCACGAAUACAGCAAAGGACAAAAUGUCAUCACCGAGUUGGACUUUGCCAAGAUCUUGCUAAGAUACACGCAUCUAGAUACUGACGAGUACGACAAAUACUUGGACAGAUUAUUAGAUCGGAAUGACGCACCAACGGGAAUCACCUUCGAAGAAUUUCGAGUGUUCUACCAAUUUUUGAAUAAUCUUGACGACUUCUCCAUAGCCAUGAGAAUGUACACCCUCGCCGAUUACCCAAUUUCCAAAGAUGAGUUUCAGAGAGCCGUCAAGAUUUGCACCGGCACUUAUCUGUCGAGGCACAUCAUAGAUACAGUCUUCGCUAUAUUUGACGUCGACGGGGAUGGUCAGCUGUCCUAUAAAGAAUUCAUAGCGAUCAUGAAGAACCGGCUCCAUCGAGGAUUUCAGUCUCAGCAGAGGAGGCAAGGAUACGCGGCCUUCAAGAAUUGCGUGAAGCAGGAAAUGAAAGCACCGUGAAAGAAGAACCUUGCGUCACAAAUUCUUAUCUGAGAUUGCUACGUAUUAGUUUAUUUAUUAUUUAAUGGUUCCUUUAAAUACCAUAAAAAGCAUGGCAAUCUCCUAUCGAUGUCCACAGGGAUAUAAGUGUGCUGUUUUAUUUGUAAAAUGUUUCAUCCUCCUUAAAUAUAAACUAUUUCAUUGUUCCUAAAUAAUAACGUUGACCCGAAUGCAAUUUAACGCAUUAUUGUUUAAGUUUGAAUGAUUUUAUACGAUAACCUCAGAUUUGUGAUAGCACACACACAUUGUUCAUAAUGUUCUUCCCAAAGAGUAUGCCAUAACAUGUUUGUUAUAAGAUCUCUUUGUACAAACUAAGAAGCUUCGUAGUUGAAAUUUAUUAUCUUUGUGUCGAUAAUAUUAGAAAUACGUUGUUAAUAAUAUUAAAAAUAUUAAGGAAUAAGUUUAUAUGCCAGCCAAUUGAGCCAUGACUUUUGUUAAUAAA